AUGCCCAAAAGCCACGGACCGGUGGAGUCCAGCGGCAGCCCCACCGCCCCGCCGGGCAGCGAGGAGGCCUUCGUGGCGCUGCCCGCUUGUCUGCCCGACCGGCCCGACGCCUGCGGCUCCCCCCGGCCCGAGCCAGGCACACCCCAGCUGAUGCCGAGCGGGCCCCUCUUCGUGCAGCUACACGCGGAGUGGACGGCGGCGCUGGCCACCUGGGGACCGGCUUGGGAAGGCCACGUGUACGGCGCCGGCGCCCUCUUCGCCCUGCUGGCAGCGUUGGCCCUGCUGGCCCUUCUGGCGCUGCCCUGCCGCCUCCGCCGCCUGGCCGCCCCCGAGGGCCGCCUGCUGGCCCUGCUGCUCCUCCUGCUGCUGGGGGCCGGCAGCGCCCGCGCCGGGCUGCUCUUCGGCCAGGCCGACGGGCGGCGGCGGGAGCGGCUCCCCGCGCUGGCCGUGCGGCUGCUGCGCGACCUGCCGCUGCCCUGCCUGACCUCGGCUCUGGCCGCCGCCCUGCUGCUGCUCUCGCGGCGCCCGCGGGCCAAGCUCUCGGCGCGCCCCGGCCUCCGCGCGCCCUGCCUUCUGGCCCUGCUGCUGCUGGGCCACUUCUCGGCCGCCGCCGGCGCCGUCCUGGCCGCCGAGCGGCUGCCGGUGCUGCUGCUGGCCUCGCGGGGGCUCUUCGCCCUGCUGGCCGCGCUGCUCUCGGCCGCCCUGCUGGGCUGCUCCUGCUUGGCACGGGGGGAGGCGGCCCAGAUCUACGACCUCCGCCCCGCCCCACCGCCCCCGGCCUGCCAGGGAUCCUUCGCCAGCGGCCGCCGGUGGAGCCGCGCCGCCCGCGCCGCCUCGACCGCCGCCGCCUUCGGGCUGCUGAGCGCCGGCCUGCACGGCUACUCGGUGCUGCACGUGCUGGGCUACGGGCUGAGCCCGGCGUUCUUCGGGCCCUGGCCCUGGUGGGCGCUGCAGCUCUCGUGCCGGCUGUGCGAGGCGGGCGUGGGGCUGCCGCUGGCCGCCUUCGGCCUCUCCCUCAUCUGCGGCUGCUCUGCCGCCGCCUGCUGCCGCCGCCUGGCCUCCCGCCCGGGCAGCUCCGCCGCCAAAGCCCCGGUGCUGCCCAGCAGCCUCCACUGGGCGCUGUCCCAGCACGAGAAACUGGUCGGGUGCGGCGACUCGGUGGUCCGUAGCCAGUCCGACUACCUCCCGCUGUGCGCUGUGCCCACCCAGGGGCCUCUCGACGCCCCCCGCGCCGCGCCCGCCUGGUCGGUGCUCAGCCUGGCCGCGGAGGCGGCGGAUCCCACGGCCGACUUCCAGCCGCCCUCACCCAUCGACCUGCGCCGCAGCAUCGACGAGGCGCUGUCGAGCGAGGGGCUCCUCGGGGGCAGCGGCGCCUUCUCCGCCUGCAGCAUCCUCUCGCUGGCCUCGGCCCCCGAGCGCCCCCUGUCCCGCGCCGCUUCCUGCCUGGAACUGGCCCCGCUCCGGCCGCAGGACGACGGGGCGGCCGCUCUGCAGCCCCGCGGGUCCGCCACCCGGCCCUCCUCCACCGCCAGCCCCAGCAGGAGCGCCGCGGGGCCUUCCCCGAGCCGCGCAGGCUCGCUCCCGUCUUCUCCGGUUGCCGGAAACCCAGGCGGGAGCCCGCUCGAGCGCUCCAGGGAGUCCCUGGCCUCGCCGGGGCAGGCCGGAGGGGACGCGGCCCUCACUGGGGAGGAGCCGAUGGCCGAUGCUGUCAGUGUUGGCAGCGACACCAUAGAUUUAUAA